CUGGAGGAUUUUGUUUUCUCCAUUCAUCUCGCCUCUUUCUCGAUUUUCCUUGUAAACCUGAUAAUAACUCCUCACCAGGAGGCAGACCGUCAAAAUGGCGAUGCAGCUUGAUCUGUCUCAAGCUUCUGUGAUGAAGGAUGAGCAGGGCCGACCAUUUAUUAUCGUUCGAGACCAGGGAAAGAAGAAGAGACAGCAUGGCACGGAUGCCGUCAAAUCACACAUUGUCGCAGCGAAGACUGUUGCUAGCAUCGUGAAAACGUCUCUGGGUCCCCGCGGUCUUGAUAAAAUCUUGAUUUCCCCUGACGGCGAUAUUACUGUUACGAACGAUGGUGCUACUAUCCUGUCCCAGAUGGAAAUCACGAACAACGUCGCCAAACUCCUCGUCGAACUCUCCAAGUCCCAGGAUGAAGAAAUUGGUGAUGGAACAACCGGUGUUGUCGUCCUGGCCGCGGCAAUGUUGGAACAGGCUUCCGACCUCAUUGACAAGGGCAUCCACCCUAUCCGAAUUGCGGACGGUUACGAUGCAGCCUGCGAAAUCGCCGUGGCGCAACUUGACAAAAUCAGCGACGAAAUCAAAUUCACAAAAAAAGACACUGCGAACCUGCUCAAGGUCGCAAAGACGAGCUUAGGUAGCAAGAUCGUCUCCAAAUCGCACGAUCAAUUUGCGCAGAUUGCCGUUGACGCAGUGCUUUCCGUUGCUGAUCUCGAACGUAAAGAUGUGGAUUUUGAAUUGAUCAAGGUAGACGGAAAGGUCGGUGGGGCUCUUGAAGACUCACUCCUUGUCAAGGGUGUCAUCGUGGACAAGGAUUUCUCUCACCCGCAGAUGCCAGAUGAGGUUACAGACGCUAAGCUGGCCAUUCUGACCUGCCCAUUCGAACCCCCCAAGCCGAAGACAAAGCACAAGCUGGAUAUCACAUCUGUGGAGGAGUUUAAGCGCCUGCAAGAAUACGAAAAAGAGAAGUUUACAGAGAUGAUCCAGCAUCUGAAAGACUCCGGGGCCAACCUGGUGAUUUGCCAAUGGGGUUUCGAUGACGAGGCGAACCAUCUUCUUCUGCAGAACAAGCUACCUGCUGUUCGCUGGGUGGGUGGGCCUGAAAUUGAGCUGAUCGCCAUUGCAACAAACGGUCGAAUUGUGCCUCGCUUUGAGGAUCUCAGCGCAGACAAACUUGGUACAGCCGGUCGUGUGCGCGAGAUGACCUUUGGUACUACGCGAGAGAAGAUGCUUGUUAUCGAAGAGUGCGCCAACAGCCGUGCUGUGACGGUAUUUGUGCGAGGAAGCAAUAAGAUGAUUAUCGAUGAGGCAAAGCGAUCACUGCACGAUGCUAUUUGUGUUGUUCGUAACCUAGUCAGGGAUAACCGCGUCGUAUAUGGUGGAGGUGCAGCGGAAAUUGCCUGCUCAAUCGCUGUGGAGGAUGCUGCUGUCAAGAGCCCUGGAAUCGAGCAGUAUGCCAUGCGCGCGUUUGCAGAUGCGCUUGAUGCAGUGCCGUUGGCCCUUGCUGAGAACUCCGGUUUGAGCCCGAUUGAAACACUCGCGGCCAUCAAGUCGCGCCAGGUCAAGGAGAACAACUCCCGGCUGGGUGUUGACUGCAUGCUGACUGGAAACAAUGAUAUGAGAGAACACUUUGUCAUUGAUCCGCUCAUCGGAAAGCGACAGCAGUUGUUGCUUGCAACUCAGCUCUGCCGCAUGGUUCUGAAGAUUAACAAUGUCAUCAUCUCUGGUGACGACCAGCAGGAGUACUAA